CGAGACCAAAAUGGCUUCCUAUCACCGAGUCCUGGCCGCAUUUGGCAGAUCAGUUCAAGACAAGGCCCUGGAGUGCGACUGCGAUAUUCAUCCAUGGGAAAUCAAAAUCAAUGGGGAACAAUGGCCGGGGAAUAUUCGCCUCAUCGGCUUCGUGGACGUAUUCUUCCUCAUCUCCUACUCAGCCAACGCGCGGUUCGAGAAGGGGAUUAUCGUCUACAAGGAGAGGUACGACAUUGACAGACUUCUCAAAAAGGUUGAUCAAGCUCGCUCGGAUGCAGACCUCGCUCUCACCGAACAGUCACCCAAGAACCUUUUACAAUUCGACAACACCACGUCGUACAAAGUCCACAGCUGGGGACACGAAGUCGGCCUCCAAACCCGAUACCCAAUCUCGUCCGUCGGGGAAUGGACCAUCGAGAUCAGCAAACCUUAUCAUCGCGCAUUGAGACGGCGCAUCAAACGAGCCAUCAAAGAACAUACCACUACCGAGCUCCUAGAAGACGUAGUCCGAUGUGGUUUCAUCGCACAGGAUCAGAUGGCCGGUUAUCUCCUUUCCAAGUAUCUUGUUGGGGGGGUGUUGGAUGAUACCAUGAAGAAGUACCUCGAGGGGUUGGUGUCGGCGGAUAGAGCAGGGAAGGUGACGCUGGCAAACGAGAGGUUUUAGUGUGCAUUUGCUUCGACGAGGACCGUGCGAGCGUUUCCGUAUGGUGGGGGUUGGGAAUAG